AUGAAGUCCUUCAGCCCCGUCCUUUUCCUCCUUUUCUUCCUCCUCACCUUGAUGGGUUCCAGGGCCACCCCUUCUGCCUCUCCACCUGCCAGUUCCAACCUUCAAGGGAUGGACCAGCCCUCUGGGACUUUCCCUGGUGCCCCUGAAAACUCUACUAGAGAUGGGUCUAAUCCAGGACCCCUUUCAGUUACUUCUCUUUCCCCUGAGCCUUCCCAGAUGCCAUCUUCAAUUUCCCCCUCCCCUUCCCCGCUCAACUUCAGUGAAAACCCCAUCCUUGACCACAAAGAAACUCCACUCCCAAAUUCUUUCCAGGCCCUCAUGCCUGACCUGCCCACUACCUCAGUAUCAGAAUCCCUGGCUAUCUCCCAAGUGACACUCCCAGAACCUUCGGGGUCCCCCAGACCUAACCUGACUAGAACUCCACAGUCAGGACCCCCUGACAUCCCAAGAGUUGAUCCCUCCAUGGGUUCCCUCCCAGAAUCUCCCGAGACUUCAGAUGAUGACCUCAUACAAACAUCCUACCAAGAAUCUCCAGAGAUCCCAAAACAAGAGGCCCCUGAAAUCUCACCCAGUGAACCCCCUAAGACCCCAAGUACCCAUCCCACUAAGCCCCUUGACCUCAAAUCUCUACAAAGCCUUGACUCUUACGCCACUGAUACCCCAAACUCUGAGUUACCACUGACCAUUCAUCCUGACCCAACUGGAACCCCCCAUCCAGCAUCUUUUGUCACUGUUAACACCAACCCCACUGAAAUCACCCCAAUACAGGUCCCCAAAACCCACUUCCAAGAUUCAACAGAGAUUGUUAUGGUUUCUGACCCUGAAAUCACCACUAGUGUUCUCCCCAAAACACACCCUAAGGAGGAAGCCACUGCCCCAGGUGAGCUGCCUGAAAGUCCUGUUCCAGAAGCCUUUGCUGCCACAAAGCCUGCUACCCCUAAACUGUCCACCUCAGACUCCCCAAGGACAUCAGAGCUGAAGGUGCCUCAGAACUCAGGCCCUAAGGGGCCUGACACACCUCCACCCUCAGCACGGAUCGCAGGGCCUCCUGCUCCUCCAGAGUCCCCCAACGAGAUGGCCCCUGCCACUCCUCGGUCCCCUCCAAAACGCAGUCGGGGUGACACAGUCAACACCAUCAUUGUGCUGGAAAGAGUGAAGGAGACAGGUGUGAGCUUGGUGGGCCGCCCUCGAGGCUCCACAGGCGGGGCCCUGUGCCUGUUUUUUGCGGGGACAGGGAUACUGAUAGGCAUCUUCCUGCUUCUAUGGUGUCUCUACCGUCGGUCCUCACAACAUCGCUCCUUCGCGCACCACCGGCUCACAAAUAGUGGCGAUGAACCUGUCCUGCACUUGGACGCCCCGAAGGACCCCUUCGACCUCUACUUUUACGCGCCGGAUGCCUGGGUCCCUUCACACAUCUCCACCAAGCAGCUGCCACCCACACCCCCGCUGCCGCCCAAGUUGCCGCCGCCGCCCCGCGGAGCGCGACCCCAGCGCCUAGAGGCCUUGUCCCCCGCCACAUUGCCCAACAACUUCGCGUGA